UAUUACACGUUUGACCGCCACGGGCGGCGGUAGAGCAGCAGCUGACCCGGCCGUUACAGCGGCGGCGUUCACAGUCGCUAUACAACGAUAUUUUACGAAUUACGGAGACUCCGUCAGUAAUGCCAGUGCGUUGGACCGAGCCGGCGCCGCUCGCAUUUUAGCGCAAGUAGCACACGGCGUUAUACCGCGGACCGGGUUUUUCGUUUUCGUAUUAUCACAAUAAUUUGAUUUUCGUUUUUCCUCCCGCACCGGAGGGACGACUGAUAAAAAUACAACGCGCGAGGCGUCAUCGCGGCGGUGGUUUUAUAACUCAUUUCCCUCCUCCCCGAAGCACUCCAUCUCGCUGUAUUUUUUCGACGCGUUUCGUUUGCUCCUUCCCGAAGGAACAGUCCACGUGCGAAUCAUAGACACAGCUGAGCGUGUGUCCCGGAACGUAUUGUUUUUUUUUCAUAUUUUAUAAAGUAUAUUUUUUUAUAUUAUUUCCGUUCCCGAAGAAAAUGCUCUCGUCCGGCGGUGGCCGUUACGGCGACCGUCCCCGUCGUUGACGCAGCCGACCGCGGCUGUACGUCCGCGAUGAGCUAUCGUCGAGCCAAAGCGACACACGACGACCGGAUCGGAGCCAAGGCAACGGAACUUCACGCUGGUGACUGAAGGAUCUCAGCAGCCGAAUGGCCCUAAUGCUAGUCGGCUUGUUGAAAGUCUUUUCGGCACUCGUUUUGAUCGUGUCCACAUCGAGCAAUUCGUUGCUACUGCUAGUGUUCUACCGCCGACCUGGUCUGCGCACUCUAUCAAACAGAUUCGUGAUGAAUUUGUUGGUGACGAAUUUGGCGAGCAGUUGGAUACUGGUGCCGUUGACGUUAUGGGAAAGCGGUCCGUUCAGUAGUUGGACGUCGCCAUUACCGCCGGCCGUGUGGCACGGGCUUACCGGUGCCGUAUACGCGCAGUCCGUAUUAUCCGUGAUGACGGUGGCCGUGGAUCAGUACUAUGCGGUCACCGACCCGCUCAGGUAUCACGUGACGGUGAACGCGGCCAGCUGCGCGGUGGCCGUGGCGGUUACGUGGUGCCUGUCCGCCGUGGCCGGCGCCCUGUCGGCCCUACGCGAGCUGUCCGUCGCGCCCGAAGUGUACCGGUACGCGUUCCCCGUGGCAUACGCCGUACUCCUCUACGUCGUGCCGUUCGUUACCGUGUGCGUAGUGUACGUGAAAAUAUGCACCGCCGCGCACCGGAACAGCGAACGGGCUCGACGCAACGGGUCCGUCCCGGACCACUUGCAGCAGCAGCAACAACCGCUUCAGCAGCAGCAACAGCAGCAGCAGCAGCAGCAGCAGCAACAGCAACCACAACCGUUUCAACAACAACAACAGCAACAGCUGCAGUACAAUAAUAACAACAAUAACAAUAACAACAACAACAACAACAUCAAUAACAACGAGUAUAACAUAGUUCCUACCAUUCAAGAAGAGGACGACGAGACGUUGGAGUCCGCUUCGUUGCAGGCGGUCGUGUCCUACGAACCGGAGGCAUCGUCCAAACCGCCUCAGUCCACCCGAGCUAGUCUGAAGAGCACGUCCAGUUCCAUUGUAAACCAUUUGAGAUACAGGAUAUCGAACGCGAGCAUGUUCCGUUACCGGGAGGAGACGCGGGCGGCCAAGAUCUCCGCGCUAGUCAUUGUCACGGCGGCCGCGUGCUGGACGCCGUACGCGGUGCUCAAGCUGUCCGAGUGGCCGCCGCUGUGCGGUGGCGGAAUCCCGUCGCCGGGCCCGCUGGCCGCGCUCCUGUCGCUGUCCGCGCACGCCGUCAUCACGCCCAUACUGUUCGCGCACCGCAACCGGCGCGUGCACCGCGAACUCUGCCGCAUAUUCUGCCGGCGGAAGCGGUGCAGCAGCUUCUACGACAACGUGCGGAACGCGACCGUCGCGUCGUCCGUGGCCUCGGGGCCCGUCAAGUCGGCGGCCACCGUCGGCGGCGGCGCAAAAGCCGCGGGCCCGCAACACGUUUUUGGCCGGUGGUUCGGCAGCGGAACCGGCGGCAUCGGGUUCGGCAAGUCGGCCGCUCAACCGUCCGUCGCGCCGUCGUCCGUAGUCGUGCCCACCGUCGCCCACCUGCCCACCGACACAGAGAUGACGCGCAGCUCGUUCUCCAGCAACGGUAGCGCCACCACGCAGACGUCGUCCGUGAUCACGGUGGACUGACCGCGACGGUUCGCCGCCUACACUUCGAGGCGGCGCUGACCCGCCUGCUCCGGAACUUCUUUUCUAGUCACCCCCAUCCUCCCCCCCCAAAAAAAACCCACCCUUCCGCGGUGCUCGUCUAUGCCGUAUUUUGUAUAUAUAUAUAUAUUUGUACACGAGCCCGUCACCCACCUCCGCCGCCGUCGUCGUCCCACGAGUAUGAACAUGUUUUCGUCCUGACAUCCACCAUAUCAACCCCAUCAACCCAACCAGCGGUCCAUCAACAACCGCGGUUGCCGGACGAGUUGUUUGUACGUGCAGCUAUAGUUGUCACGCGCGUCGUAUAUUACAAUAAUAUACGCACGUGGUUUUAUUAUAAACGGUUCUCAAAACUUGUUUUCCUAUUAUUGUGUACUUAAAACGAAAUCGGUUUUUAUUUACGUAUUUUAUUAUAUUAUAUAUAUAUAUAUAUAUAUACUUAUGUGUAUUUCGUUUCUAAAAAAAAAAAAUGAAAAAUACCCGCACGCGUAUAUAUUAUUAUUUUUUUAUGUUAUUAAUUUGUAAUUAUAUUAUAUAUAUAUUACUGAACGUAUGUAGUAUUCGGCUAAUCAUUUGUGGAUUGCUUUUAUAUUUAUUAUUUUACUGAUCUAUCAACAUUUUCCCACCAGAUAAUUCCAACAUUCGACUGCUUUUCACGCGGGAUGCAUGUAUUUUUAUUGUUAACUUAAAAUACGACGUUCUCGAAUAAUAUUUUAACUUGUAUUUUGUAUUCAAUUUUUCUAAUGUUAAAUGUUUCUUUCUACCGAAAAUCUAUACGACUCAUAAUAAUUGUUUAAAAAAAAAUUUAUACUGUAUAUUAUAUUAUAAAGUCUGCAAUAAUGAUUUGCUUUUGAAACUUAUGUUUAGUCCAUAAUGCAUCGCUAAUAUAUUUAAUUUCCUAUUUUUUUGAUUACAUAAA